CAGAGUCUGUUGGUUGGUACCCCUCCCUCGAUAGAGCCCGUGGAAGGUCCGAUCCUUGGACACUUUCUUAUAAAUGAAGGUUGACCGGUGGCUCGUUCCUCAUUUAACGCUCCAUCCCUCGCACCUGGAGGGAUCGGUGUCUGCACGUUCGCUGAUAAACAAUUCAAAGAGUGUAUCGUGUAUCGAGCAGUUCUGUGAUUCGAAACCGCGGUUAUCGUGGGACAUUUUGCAAGAGGAACCAAGAUACGCGGUUGCAACGAACGCGGCACAAUGUUGCGCACGACGUGCGAGAGAUUGCGAUUCCUUUACAAGCCCUACGCGUUGGCCGUUGUCUCGAUCGGAUACGUGCUCGGAGAGCUGGGACAUUACUUGAUCGGUGUCACGAGCAAAGCCACGGCGGAGGAUUUACACUAUGGUGACAUUUCGUGUCAAUUGAAUUCGACCACGCUGGCAGUCAUCGAUCUUCCCAUUCAAUGCGAGGCAGCCAAGAACCAAAGCUUCUGCGAGACUCUGGAAUUGAACGGUUCCCGCUACUGCGAAUGGAACUACAAUGGCCUUGGUCUGGACUAUCAAAUCUUGGCCGGGCCGAGUUUUAUCGCCGUGUUCACCGUGGUUGGCGUCUGCUUGGGCAUAGCCGCUGACAAAUACAACAGGGUAAGGUUGCUGACUAUUUGCACCGUCAUAUUCAGUAUCGCGAUCAUCCUAAUGGGCGCAGUCAAGGAAUACUGGCAAUUAGUCGGUCUUCGCAUGAUACUAGCGGCCGGGGAGGCAGGGUGCAAUCCACUGGCGACUGGUUUACUUUCCGAUUGGUUCCCCGAAGAACAACGUGGACUCGUCAUGUCGAUUUUCAACUGGGGCAUUUACGGCGGUUAUGGUUUUGCGUUUCCAGUUGGUCGUUACGUACCGAAACUAAACAUUGCAGACUUGGGAUGGAGGGCCUGCUACUACGGAGUCGGUAUCAUAGGGCUGAUUAUGGCAGUUUUCACUUUCUCCCUCAGCGAACCGGAGAGAAAGACGAUCGGCGAGGAGGAGACGAACAAAGAUGGAUCGAAAAUACCAAUUUGGAAAGUAAUCCUGCAACCGAGGAUCGUUGUUUUGUGUUUGGCCGCCAGCAUCAGGCAUUGUGGUGGCAUGUGUUUCGCGUACAAUUGCGACCUUUACUACAGAGAUUACUUCCCCGACUACGAUCUGGGCUGGUGGCUGUUCGCCGUGACGAUCGUGAUCGGUAGCAUCGGCGUGGUGGUCGGUGGCGUGGUCAGCGACAAGUUUGUCGAAAAAAUGGGAAUCAGAUCGCGCGUCGCGUGCCUCGCCAUCAGUCAGAUAAUCGCGACACCGUUCGCGUUUAGCUCGAUAUACUUCACCCCAGUCUGGGCUAUGAUCAGUCUUGGAAUCUCUUACUUCUUUGCCGAAAUGUGGUUUGGCAUCGUGUUCGCCGUGGUCGUGGAAAUAGUUCCUCUCCACUUCCGGUCGACCACCAUCGGCGCCUUUUUAUUCGUCAUGAACAACAUCGGUGGAAAUUUGCCGAUACUGGUCGAACCGACUAGAAUGGCUAUCGGUUACCGAGAGUCCCUCUACAUCUUUUACGCUGGAUUUUAUGGCCUCAGUUCUAUCAUGUUCUUCUUCACCAUGUUUCUGAUGGAUGGUGCCAAGCAAAAAACAAAGAACAUAGCUAUCACGAAACCGGAAUUAGGAUACGAUAACGAUACGUUUACUAACGACGAUGGAACCGCGCCACCGAUACAACUCCCACACUUGUAUCCACAACCGCCGUAUCGUUACGAGCACUCUAGGUUAUAGGAUAAAUAACUAUCGUUUAAAAAUUGUAAAUAGUAUCCGAAGCGAUUCGAACGACCAUCGAGUAACAUAUCACGCGUUGCUUGGGUCUCCAGAACGAUCACUGUACCGAGCAACGUGAUCGGCACAAUUACUUAAACCGGGCUCAAAUUUAAAUUAUAAAAAUACAAUUCUUAACAAGACAAUUGUAAAAAUCCAUCUGUUCUGUACUUCUAGAAGCCAUAAAUGGUGUUUUCUACAUCGUGAUUAGACAAGAAAAUUCAUUUAGAGCAUUUACUUAAGUAGCGGAAGAGAACAAAUUAGUAAAAUUUUUGAAAUUCAUUUCUACCGAACGAUAUUAGUUGUUUUAGAUUUUGAAUCCGCCGUGAGACGCAAUAUCGUCGAUAAAUGAUAUUGCGUGCAUAGAUUGCGAGCAUUAUUAUUUAGUAUCGAAGAUACGAUAUUUAUAAUGUGUUUAGUGUAAGAUUUCUAAUAAACAGUACCAUCAAAUUGUUACAGUAUUAAGUUUUAUUUAUUAAAUACGGGACGACGAUCACGAAUUCAUCUUAUUUGUUACUGUGUAUUAAAAACAGCCCUGAAUACACAUGUAUACAAAGUAUACGUUCGAACACACACACGCACGCGUGCGCAUCGCGCACGUCACACGACGCGCCAGCUAAUGUAAUAUAAGAUACACAAUAGAUUUGUUACCGAGAUUCAUCCUGAAAUCACGUUAUAGAUACAGAUUAUUUAAUAUAAAUAAAGACUUGUUAUUUGUAAUGUACAAAAUAGUAGGAAAGCAUCCUUAACAGUUUAAGGUCACGAUGAUUUGUCAUGAAACGUUGUGUACAUAUUUACAUGGUCGUACUUGGAAAAAUACUUUUCUACAUUUAUCAAUAAAUAUGUUAUUCAAACGUUGUCGUGUAAAAGUAUUGCAACGGUGAUCAAACUCUUGUAGUUACACAGGGUGUUUCAGAACUGCAGUUACCAAGAGAACGUAUAGGAGGGGGAGGGGAGGGGGGUAGCGUUCAAUAACAUUUGAUAUUAAUUACUAUACUCGAAUUUCUAAAAACCGAGUACUUUGAGAAUAAAUAUUAACGCUAAAUUUUAGUCGAAGAUGAAAUUUUUCAAAUUUCAAAAUGACGAUGAAUUGAGAUUUUAAAAACAUAAAAAUAUGCCUCGUUUAGUUUCAAGCAUAUGCUUACAAAGGAAACACAAGCUUGUUCUAGGAAAACGUGUUAUUUUCAGCCCCGUGGGAGUGGGUAGCGUGCUGUUAAUUAGUAAACUUUUCCGUUUCACGCUAUGGACACUAAUUAACUAAGCUUAAAAUUCUAAAACAUCCUGUAAACUCGUAUUGAAUUAUACGUAACGGUAUUCUAUAAAUGCCUCGGCAUAAAAUAUCGAUGUCGCCUCCUACGUAAACGUAAAAAUCUGUAUCUUCGGUACAGCGUUAUCGUCACGAUAACUCGUUUCUUUUCUUUAAAAUGGUUACUGGUCGGUAUUGUUUCGUCGAGAUGAACUCUUUUUAACACUAGAUUUACGAUAUUUUUUUUUAAUUAGAAUAUGUAUUCGUGCAAUUGCGUCAAUUAAAUUGUUAAAAAAUAAUAUUUACGCUUUCUGCGAUUUUAAAUAUGGAAUCGAGCAUCCGUCGAAUUGAUGGUCCCCGUAAAUCUAGUGUUGAGCAACCAUAAAACAUUUCUCGCGUGAAUCGAUCCCUCGAGUUACCGUUCGCGUGGAAGUAAAACGUGCCAUUAAGUAAUCUGUUAUCUGGACGGCUCGUUUCGCGCUUCGUAACGGCUGAACGACAUCUGUGAAUAACAAUUAAUUUUACCAUACGACUAUCUUACACCUGAUACGUGCGCCCGUGGAACAAACUCGAGUCGGGAUCGAUCGAUGGGAGAAUAAAUCGAGCAAAUUGCACACGAUUAAUACAAGUGCAGGAGAAAUGCACGAACACGAAAUAAGAAUGUGGGAAAAUCUGUUACGAGGAUACAGCCCUGGUCGAUUGCGUGGAAAUAGUCGGUGUACGAUCGGUGAAAUAACAAACACCGACGAAAAUAUGCGAGAAUUCGAUAACAAAGGCAACAAAAUAUCUUCUGAGAUUGCUAUGAUCGAAGCAGUAAAUGUGCCUCUCGGAAGAGAAACUGAUCUCGAAAAUUGAUCUUUAAACCAUUCUUUUUUCGCGCCGAAAUGUACGGAAAAAUUCGGAAACUUUAUUGUAUUUCGCGAAAAUACGUAUAAAAACCUGUUUUAAUAUGAUUUUCGUUCGUUAUCGCGAAUGGUGUCCAGUUUAUUCGUUAAUUUGGAAAGUUUGUUCGAACAUGGUUCGACUCUGGCCUGCGGCCAACGUGCACCUAGUCUAAAAGUUAUUAUCGGUAUAAUUAGACGAUAUACAUAUGCGUGUAUGUAUGUAUGUCCUUGCCCGAUCUCGAUCAUAGAACAGCUACACUUUCUCGACAAUCUCUUAUAACGUGCCUGUUUUUAAAAAUAUAAUACUUACGGAAAAGAUCUACCACGUAUCUGUCGAACAGACGGCAACCUUCGGAGGGUCAAUCGAUCAACACUAAACCUACCACGACCGGUCAAAAGACCGUUUUUUAAAUUUCUAACAUACAAUAUUAUUUUAGCGCCAUAGAUCU